AGCUCGGGAAGCUCGCAGAGAGCGCGCGCACCGGAGAGGAGUCCUGACGCCCGCAUGCGGGAAGCGCGACUGGUGCCGCUGCAUUGCAAUCCCCGAGCAGCGAAGUGCGCGUGACUGCCUCUUUCCGGAUUUGUGUGUUUGCUCUCGGCAUUCUGUGGUGUUGUGUCGGUGUUUGUGUGUGUAUCUGAGUGUGAUGGGUGGACAUAAAGCCAAGCACAGCGGAGUGAGAUUCCUACCGGAUAUAAAGUACACUAGGAAAUAACGGAGCCUCUAACGGAAAAAACGGGAAUAUUUACUCACAACGGAGUUUUUUUCUCUUUUACGAGCACGCGCACACAUUGGCUAUUGUUGCUCCUCGUGUCACUGGAUUUUAUGAUCUCCCUCAGUGUGUGGAAUUUAAACCGGAAUGAAAAAGCGCGAGGAUCAAAGCGAAUAAACGGCAUGAGGAAAUAAAACAGCUGCACGCGCUUGUUAACAUGGAGCUGCGGAGGCUUUACUGUCUCAUCCUCAACACGCCGUUACUGCUGUACGGAAAGGCUGCCUUCACUGAAGUGCCUACAGAUGUGAGUGUAUGUGAGGGUGAGGACGUGGAGAUGCCGUGUGCGUUUCGUGCUGUUGGUGCGUCUCCUUUUGCUCUAGAGAUUCAGUGGUGGUACCUGAAGGAGGCGACUGCACGGGACACACAUGACACUCACACAAGCAACCGAGCCAAGGUUACUCCGAGAGACGCCACUAAAAUCAGUACGGUGCGUGUGCAGGGGAACGCCAUCUCCCACAAGCUCAGCCUGUCCCAGGUGGGGAAGGCGGAUGAGGGUGUGUAUGAGUGUCGUGUGUCAGAUUUAUACUCGGAUGACACGCAGGACUUUAAAGUGCAAGCAACGCUUCGUGUGACACCACGGGAUAGCAUGCUUGCUGAGGAGGCCGUGUCUCAUAUCCAAAACCGCUGGACAUUAAAGAGUGCAGCACGAGCCACUAACGAACCGGAUCAGGGAAAAAGCUACAUGAUCCCUCCAUCAUCAUCACAAUCAACCCUCACCACAGCUUCACCACACACUGCUGACGCCUCCAACAGACAGCAGCACGAGACUGGUUCUGUUACCACGGUGACUGUGGAGCCGCUGAUGUACGUCGUGCCGCUGAUCUUUUACACACUCUUCUGAAUGAAAAUGACAACAAAUAACAAUCCUUUAUCUACCAAACACUGAGAUAACUAUACAAACGGAUCGAUAAAUAUGAUCAGUUCACUGUUUCAGCACGUUAUAGGUACCUCACAGCAGAGCAAAAAGAAAGAUGAGAAAAAAAAAAACAACUGAAAAUUUAUUGAUUAUAUACACAGUUUGAUGAAAAUUGGACCAUAUAAGACAUAUGACAAAAUAUAUACAAGGACACACGUGUGUGUUUAGCUGAGUUUAGAUGACUAAGUGAAUUAGCACUCGCAUCAAUGUCCAACACACACACACACACACACACACACACACACACACACACACACACACACACACACACACACACACACACACACACACACACACACACACACACACACACACACACACACACACACACGGAGUGGUGGUAGCUCAAGUGUUUAAGACCCUGGGUUGUCGACCGGUAUAUCAGGGUUCAAGCCCCAGCACCACCAAGCUGCCACUGUUGGGCCCUUGAGCAAGGCCCCCAACCCGCCCUGCUCCAGGGGUGCUGCAUCAUGGCUGACCCUGUCUAUGAGAAGAAAGAAUUUCACUGUGCAGUAAUGUAUGUGUGAGAAAUAAAGAUAACACACACACAUGCACACUCAUAAUGGAUGCACCACUGUUUCCCAGACAUUAUUUAAUCAUUAAAUUCCUCUUUACACUGUAAAGUAUAGGAUUUUUAUUGCCUUUUUUAUUUGAUUAUUUUCUGAAGGACUUUAUUUUUCAGUCGUUGGAGAAAAGUUUGUUAAUGUUUUAUUUUUGCAUGAGCUGUUGAUCAGUUUCUCAUGGGUUCGUUUGUGUGUGAGUGUGUAAUUGUGUGUAUAUAUACAUAUGUGUGUGUGUGUGUGUGUGUGUGUGACUUUCAUCUGGUUUUCACUCUGUAUAAAUUGUACUAUUUUUUGAGUAAUUAAAUGCACAUGUUCAUCGUU